AUGACACCCAAGACUCAUUCUUCGACCGCGUUCGGUAUCGUCGCCGAGCCUUCUCCGCCGUGUAAAACCCCGAAGAACAACCCUUCCCGAUCACCCCACAGUUCCACACGAUCUCAAGCAAAAAUUACGCCCAAGACUCCCGCUCUUCCCGGACCUGGUGUUCGAAAAGGCAAAGGCAGAGCGCGCAAUCCGACGCCUGCUCCAGCUAGCUCGGAUGAUGACGAUUUACCGGAUGCUGGGCCUCGAACCUUGGCUGCACUCUCCCGAUCAUGCUCUUCUUCACGGCGUAAAGUCCCGUUGGGUAAUCCGACGACUCCGUCUUCUACGUUACCAGAGUUGAUCGUAGUGGAUACCUCCAGCCCGGAUGUGGAUUCCCCCGCCUCCCCAGUUGCCGCUUCCCUUAGGCCAAAACCCAAGGUUUCCAAGGUCGACUUGUUUGGCGAAGCUUCUAGCAGUUCGGAGGGUCCGAUCAGCGUUACGGAAGACGUCCGAGCCUCAGCCAAUAAUCUGUUGUCCCUCGGCCGAGUACAAAGAUCUUCCCAAGACUAA